GAGAAAACUAUUUAAAGAGCAGUUUGCUUUGAAAAACAGCUAUACCGUAAUACUUGUGGAAAUCAGCAGCAACAGGUAAACACCAACCAAAUAAUGAAGUUUGCUAUAAUUUCGACAUUUUUGACGGUCGCUUUCUUCUUCACAGGAUCAAACGGUAAGACAUUUAGUUAAUUCGCGUCUUUGAUAAAUGUUUGAGUGUUGUCUCAGGGGAAAUGUCUUAAAAGUACAGUAUAUGAGAAUUUCCGCUGUGGCUCUUUCCAUUGACUAUUAUUUUAGUAUUAGUAUCAGGUCAUGCAGUUCCAUAAGUCUUUUUAUCGCCAGUCGUUAGUAUAUGUGUCAUGCCUCUCGCACUUUUCUGGUAACACAAUUUUUAUUCUGCACUUCCUUUCAAAGCUGUGCCCUGAAAUUGCGUUGCCAAAAUAUGCCCGGGGCACUAAAUCUAUUCCUCAAUAAACUCUCUUAAAAAGAAACCAUGGUGCCAACAAUGUUCGCGGUGGGCAUAAAUUUACUUCCCAUCCCAAAGUCAGACAACAUAAAAGAUAAACGAAUUGACUCAGUUGAUCAAUUACGAUGAGUACAGAUGUACAGCCAGACAUGGGGUGCGAGAUUCUUUUGCGAAAUUUAUCCAAAUUUCGUGAAACAUAAUUUUUGUGAAUUUUUCAUAUAUAUAUAGCCUAACACACACAUACAUGCCCACUAUCCAAUCCAAAUAGUGACAGCAUCACAAUAACUUUUAUUUUAUUUAUUUAUUUAUUUAUUUAUUUAUAUUCAAACAUUUUCACGACUUAUGGAAUGGUAGCUGUUUCGGUGAGUAUAAAACUUAUACUGGAUAGAAGCCAUUCUGCAAUCUAAUUGGCUCUAUAACAGGAUAUUAUUUAAUAGAAAAUUACUGAGGCCAACGGCAUUAUUCGAUAUAUUGCAGCCAGCUGAGGCCGAAGGCCGAAGCUGGCUGCAAUAUAUCGAAUAAUGCCGUUUGGCCGAAGUAAUUAUCUAUUAUAAUUACUGACUCGAAUCAAAAGUAAUUAUUUUCGGCUGGAAGACUACGUUGCUGCUUGUUGGGACCGUAUGACAAUGAAUCUAUCCGACGUUACACUAGACAUUUGUGAGGACAUGCAUGUAAUGCAUCGUGAUAGAACAGAUUUCAGUUUAAUUAAUGGCCCUAAAUUAAAAUCUCCACAAGCGGAGGUCAAUUAUAGUGUUCUAGUUUACAUAUUAUCAUUAAUGAUAAGGUUAAUUCAAAGAGCGUAGUAAACUGGAUAAACACGGGAAUAGAACUUAUGGUGUGUUCUGCACAUGCGUAUAUCUAGGAUAAAAUCCCACAAGCGCAAACGAAACUAUUUCUCUAUAAAGUUGAGCUGAAAGGACUCACAGUGACCGUUUUGGCAGUGCUUCAGGCGCCCGAUGAUAUUGUAUGAGGGGCCUUUAGCACUGUCAACUUCUCAUCUUGAGAUGUUCGCGUUAUCGCGUGUACUUGUCAGGAUGACGAAGGAUUGCGAAUAAUGUCUGUGUGCACUUGUGUACACGCUGCAUUAUUUUUAAUAAUGCUGUGUGCACGCUGCAUUAUUUUUAAUAAUGCUGUGUGCUAUUUUAGCCCGUAUAAACAUUUACCCCUGGGAAUUUCCCUACAAUCAAAAAAGACCGCUCCCGUUUUUCAGAAGAACGCUAAAACUUCUCUACAUUCGCUGAUAUAAUGCAGAGAGAAAACAAUAGGUUAUUAUGACCGUCAGUAAUUAUAUAACUAUAACAGGAUAUUAUAUAACUAACAGAAUAUUAUAUUGGAGUUAUUGAAAUCCAAUAAGUGUUUGAUUAUAUAGAACAAAACAAUUCUAUAACAAAAUUUUAAAGUUGUCUAUAAGCGAGAAUGAAUAAUGCAGUGAGAACUAGAGGGCACUCAGAGACUGCAUACGCCGCCUACGCGCAAAAUAUUGAAGUAAUCUAUUGUUAUUAGAAUUUGAAUGGCUGGGGCCGGUUGUAUAAAAAGGUGAUUAAAGUUAACUAUAGUUAGUGGAAACGUCAUCCAAUAAGAAGCGCGUAUUUGAGAGUUAAUCACUAUUUAACUACAAAAUAGUGAUUAAAAAGUGAUUAAGAGUUUUAUACAACCGGCCCCUGGUGCAUAUAUUAUGCACGUCCUAAUUACGCAUUCAGCAUAAAGUUUUAUUUAAUUGACCGGGAAAAGCAAGACAAACUUUUGUUAUUUCUCAUUGAAUUUUUAACCAAAUUCAACCAAAUUUUAAUCAGUUCUUCCUUGGUCGAUGGGAAAUGCACUCACAAAGUUUCGUACGGAUAUGUUUGGUAUUUCUUGAGUUAUCGUGCUCACAGACAAACACACACACACACACACACACACACACACAUGCACAUACACACACACAUACAAACCCAGAUGAUUACAUAACCUCCUGGCGGAGGUAAAAACCCAGAUGAUUACAUAACCUCCUGGCGGAGGUAAUAAUACAGCGAUAACAUAUCACACAUCGGCGGCGAAUUUGCUUAAAUAACUAAACAAAACAGUUAAUAAACUUUGUUUUAAAAAACAAAGUUGGCAUAAAAAAAUUCAAUUUCAUGUAUGGAGUCUUUCAAUUCCAAGUAAUUUGAUGUAAUUUUACGAAAAAAUGGUAUAUUACUAACCUCAGGACUAUUGCAUGUAGACAAACAAAUUUUGUGCGCUUUUAUAAUUUUAAACAAACCUGGUAGGAAAAAACAGUCAUAUAUGUUCGCCACUUUGCCAUAUCGUUUGUCUUGUGUUUAAAAUUGACAAAACAUCUGAAUAAGUUUGAUUAGCCAGGAAAAAAAACACAAUGGGCUACUGUCCAAUAUGAACUGUCCUAUACGCAAAAUAUCAAGCACGCACGUAAUGCUAUUGAAGACCCGUGAUUGGUCAAUGGCAUCUGAGCGUACAUAAUAAAUAUAUGUUAUUUACCGGCUGGGAGUCCGUACUGAAGAAUAUUCGUUUCCCGAGGUCUCAGAAUUAAGCGGCCCGAUACUGGUAGCGACGAACGCUUCUGAGACCGAGGGAAAUAAUUUUCAAGCAACCGUAUAAAUAACUCUUUUUUGCGCGAUGCUAAAUUAAAUUCCCAAAAAACUCCAGUGUGGCGAAGUAGAUUUGAAAUCAGUUGUGUUUGUGUAUCUAGUCAAGCAUGGCUGGCAUAUUGCUAAAAUAACGCAAUAAAAAGCCUUUAUUUUUUAUGCAAUAUAUGCUUUUCUACUCAACAAGACAAUAAAAAGAUUAAUAUUUGUUUUUCUGAUCCUUUUAGCUAAUAACAUGAAUCUAGAAAUCAUUUUAAACUGGGGUUAACCUACGCAUGCACCAAAUUUCUUGAAACUUUGACAGCUUGUGCAAGACAGUCCUUAUUUUGAUUCUGUGCGAUUGCAUUUUGUUUCCGAUAAAAAAUUUUUGUCCGCAACGCUAGCAUUUUAAAUAAUUUUAGUGCUAGAUGUACUUUUUUGACAAAAUGUUUUCGGCAAGUACAAUUUGUUGCUGCGUGUUCAAACUCGAAAGAACAUCUUUAAAACACGUUAUUAGGCUAAAACGAUCAGGAAAACAAAUCGUUUUAAUCAGUUUACCUUCAGUUUAUUUUCUUGUUGAGUAUAGAAAUUAAAGCAUCUAUUGCAUCAAAAAUAAUUUAUAUGGCGGUCACGCUAGUUGGACUAAAGCAACAAACAGAUCUCAAAUCUCGUUCGCAAUGCUGGAGUUUUUUUAGGAAUUUAAUUAAGCAUUGAGCAAAAAAAUAAAUGCAUUAGUUACUGUGAAGGGGUCGGCCCGUACUCCUUGGUAAUUCUGGAUAUCACAAAAAUCUUACCCAAUAACUGUUUUAGUUUUAAUUUUUUGUACGUUUUCGCAGAUUUGUAAAACUCAUCUCCAUUUACUUGUCUAUUUUCAGACAAUCUCAGUAUCUGUCGAACUCGUCUUCGCCAACUACACCAAUGCGAAUUUCAUACCUGCAAUGACCCUCAGUGUGUCCGAGGGGACAAAAGCUUUUGAAAUACUCGAGAUGGCUUCCCAACAAAACCCGUGCUACAGAUUCCAAUUUCAAACAUUCAGUAUUGGUCGCUUCAUUACAAGAAUAUGCUGUCUCGAACAAGAUCCAUCAGCUGACUUUUAUUGGCUCCUUUACAAGAAUGGUCAACUUUCCCAUCUUGGAGUUGAUGUGUUAACACCGGCGAAUGGAGAUACCAUUACCUUCAAAUACCAAAACGUUUAAACAUAAUUAUAUUAUACGACAAACGCUCUCAGUCUUGUGCAAACUUACUGUCUAACUUUCGUACUUUCUUUAAUUAAUUAAUUUUAAACUAACUACUCUGUUAUAGUCAAACCGGACCUGUGAGAGGUUACUGUUAUUUAUUUAAUUAUUUAAUAAGACAACUAUUAAAUGAUGUAAACUUUUCU